CCUCGCGCUCAGCUCAGAAUAGAGGCGAAAAAUCCAGCGAAAGCCAGACAGAGUGCUUCCUGACCUGAAACGUUCUGUACGCCAAGUUGUUUCCGAGCGUUCUGAGACAGAGGAAGGGAAUUUUCCUUUUGCGCAACUUUUCUUUUUUUUUUUAGAUUGUUAAUUUUUAUUUUGCACACACUGGGUCAGUGAAGUUGUGAUUAAUUUUUAGAGUUUAGACAGGGAGAGCAGCAGCAGUGCACGUCAGCCUCGCGCAGGGAGGAGCGGAGAAGAGGGCAGAAGUUUCCGCUGGGCUUGUUUUGUCACCGCGGGGCUGCUGGUGGUCAAUCCGCAGGAAUGUCGCACAAGGAGAGACCCGUUUUCUAUCGACAGGAGCUCAACAAAACCGUGUGGGAAGUCCCGCAGCGCUAUAAGAACCUGUCUCCGGUCGGCUCCGGUGCUUACGGAUCCGUGUGCUCGGCAUACGACGAGAAGACAGAGCUGAAGGUGGCGGUGAAGAAGCUGUCCAGGCCUUUCCAGUCCAUCAUCCACGCAAAGAGAACGUACAGAGAGCUGCGGCUGCUCAAACACAUGAAGCACGAGAAUGUGAUCGGCCUCUUAGAUGUUUUCACUCCAGCAACGAGCUUAGAAGAGUUCAAUGAUGUAUAUCUGGUGACACACCUGAUGGGAGCAGAUCUAAACAACAUCGUCAAGUGUCAGAAGCUGACAGACGACCAUGUCCAGUUUCUCAUUUACCAAAUUCUCAGAGGCCUAAAGUACAUCCACUCAGCAGAUAUAAUUCAUAGAGACCUUAAGCCCAGUAACCUAGCUGUUAAUGAAGACUGUGAGCUCAAGAUCCUUGACUUUGGUUUGGCGCGGCACACGGAUGACGAGAUGACGGGAUACGUAGCCACGCGGUGGUACCGAGCUCCUGAGAUCAUGCUCAACUGGAUGCACUACAACAUGACGGUGGACAUCUGGUCGGUUGGAUGCAUCAUGGCGGAGCUGCUUACCGGACGGACGCUUUUUCCAGGCACAGACCAUAUAAACCAGCUGCAGCAGAUAAUGCGUCUGACGGGGACUCCCCCAGCCUCCCUCAUAAGCAGGAUGCCCAGCCAUGAGGCAAGGAACUACAUUAACUCUCUUCCUCACAUGCCCAAGAGGAACUUUGCUGAUGUGUUCAUUGGUGCCAACCCUCUUGCUGUGGACUUGCUGGAGAAGAUGCUGGUGCUGGACACGGAUAAGCGGAUCACAGCGUCGGAGGCUCUGGUCCACCCAUACUUCUCUCAGUACCACGACCCGGACGACGAGCCCGAGGCGGAGCCUUACGACCAGAGCUUUGAAAGUCGCGAUUUGGAAAUAGAGGAGUGGAAGAGCCUAACCUAUGAUGAGGUCCUCAGCUUCGAGCCGCCUCCUUUAGAUGAUGAGAUGGAAUCCUGAGUGCCGAGGAGCAUUUAUCUUCCUCCUUAUUUUGUUUUUAUUAUUAUUUCAAAGGAACACUCUUUUAAAACUAUCAAUCUCAUGUGACUAUCCAUUUGUUUCCUGCUCACAUGCCACAACCACGACAUUCAAGUGCCUGCCGUCAUUCGUACCUUGGGACGUUGUGAUAACGGCAACAAAAAAAUCUCAAGGCCAACUUUAACUCAUGCUUUUUUUUUGCUUACAGCAUUUAAUUUGUAGUUUUUAAUUUUUAUUCAUCAUGCUGGGAAAAAAAAAAAAAAAAAAAAACAUACGUGCCAGUAUCUGAAAACAUUUGCUGGACACUUAUCUAAAGAUUCACAUUUAUAAGGUUUUAAUACUUAGGAGAUAGCACAGUGGAGGGGACACAUUUUUAAAGGUAGUUCUUCUUUUACCCCAAAUGAUUAGUUGAAAUGUUAUUUCUGUGUAGAUAUUACAGCAAACAGUAUUUGUACAUAAGUAUUUUAGAGAUAGUUGCGUACUCAUAGACACUUUAACGGAUCUCUUCGACAGUAUGAAUUUCAUUACCAGAGUUCAUCCUAAAAUGGCCUAAAUUGACAAUGUAUGUAAUUUAUACCAGGUGUGUACAGAAUAUGAGGGGAAAGUAUACAAAUAAUUCAGAUAUCUGGGAAAAAAAGAGGCUUUAUACUUUCUUAGCUUUGUUGACUUGUUGUUUUUUCUUUUUUUAGAAAAUGUUGCCUAUGAGAGUAUCACAUAUUCAUCCACUGUGUUUGUUUUUCUCCUCAUCCAUUUCUAAUAGCUCUACAGCUCCAAAAAUGAAUGUUUUAGCAGUCACCAAGCUCCAGUAUCACAGCACCAUGUUGAAGACAGGGUUGGCUUAGUAAUUUAUUCAGAUCUGAUGUUUUCCCGCGAGAGCAUCGGCUGACGGCAUAAUUUAAUCCUAUUUGCGUUUAAUAAACCAUAUUACAUUUAUUGUGUGUUGAAUGUUAUUGGGCACCUGUUUGCUCUGUAUUUAUGAUCCUCUUAUGUUGUUUGUAUAUCAGUGUAAAAGAGAAUGUUAUUUGUCAGAAUUUAGGGUUGUUUUUGUUAUUUAUGGAGAGUCUCUUGUGUCAGUAUCCAAAAGCAUCAAAUAUCUGAUUUUUUUUAUUUUUUUUUGGUUCCUCCUUUUUGGCCAAAGUGACUGCAGUUACAGUUUGUGUAUCUAAGCAGACAGAGAGCCAUGCAGUCUAAGUUUUGAUAUCACAAUUGGCUGAUAAUUGAGUCCAUACCAUCCUGCCCCUAUGAUAGGCACAGGUUCUGAAAUCUGGAGCCUUGAUAAUGUGUUCAUACCUCUAUAAGUUUUUUUUUUUAUCUUGUUACAUUUCAAAACUACAUUUAAUGUGUUUUUUAUUGAAAUUUUGUGUAUCUGUGAACCUUAGUUUUUCCUGUCAUGCCACACUUCUUUAAUUGGACUUUGACUAGGCUAUUCUUACACAUAAAGAUGCAUUGUGGGGUUUUUUUUUCCCAGUGGUGGAAAAUGUUUUUAUUGCAUAGCAUUUUACAUACUGAAAAAGGUCUACUGACCACAGAACCUCCCUCCACCUCUUGUCUGGAUCAUAAUCUGUGAAUUUCGCACUGUUGUCUGUUGGUCUAUCACAUGAAAUCUCGAUAAAAUAUGUUAAAGGUUGAGGUUAUAACAUGAUAGAAAGGACAAAAAGAAAAAGUUCCAAGGGUAUGAGCACUUUUGAAAUCGUUUACAGCAUCCUUCAGAUCACUGAAGCAAAGAAUUUACUUGCAGUAGGAGGGAAGCAUUUUUCCAGUCAAAUCAUAUUUCUAUGCUGCACAUUAUCGCACAGUUGCUCUGGCCAUGUCAUCCGAACAUCGUUGUAUAUCUCUUUCUUUUAAUUUCCCUUUGCUUAGUUCAUCUAGAUUUUACUUUUCCUGAUGCGCUAUUUUAUUCUGUGUUGAAUCCCAAUUGGAUGUCUGUGAUUUAUCCUGGGUUGAUUGUUUUAGGGAUUUUUAUUUUAUUAUAUUUGUAGUAGGUGGAUCACAAGCACCGAAAUGUUCAAUUAAUGGAAUAUUCAAACAGGGCACAUAAGUGGUUCUUUUCUCACUGCAUCCUGUAGGGCAGCGCUCAGGUCAUAUUUUUUUUUUAAACACAUAUUCAUCAAUCAAAUACAGAUCUUAAUCUCCAGGUCCAAAUGUCACAUUGAUUUGGUUUGCUUGCUUUACCUGAAAGAACUUUUAUGUAUUUUUCAGCGAGUUCUUCAUCCCAUUGUACUAAGACAGCAAGACCAUGCUUUCUGUAAAUAUAAAACCAUCAGAAAAUAAAGGCUACUAUUUUUCAAA